AUGGAUGCCAAAGAAAUCCUUACUAUCAUUUCGAAUUUGGAGAAGACUUCCGAUGACGCCACGAUUCUCAAGCUCUUGAACAUUUUAAACGAUGGAGUUAAGCCUACUGAAAGUUUAUUGAGAGAGACCAAAGUUGGUAUGGCAGUUAAUAAGCUUAAUAGCACCAGUAAUUUAGAGAUUAGAUCAUUGGUUAAAAAGAUGAUCAAAGGCUGGAGAGAAGUAGUUCAGAAUGAAAGGAAUAAGAAGAAGAAAGAGGAAGCAGCAGCAUCAUCAUCUACUGAUUCUAAGAAGUCUGGUGCGGGUAACCCCAGUAGUAGUAGUAAUAACAAUACCAAUAAUACCAAUAAUGCUAAAAUGGGACCUAGAAACCCUAAAAUUGAUGGUAUAAAUACUAGUUUAUACGAUAAUCCUACUAGAAAUGCAUCUGUGGGUGCAUUAUACACAGCUUUAGCCAUUGAAAGAAGUGACCCAUCGGAUCUAAUUUUGAAGAAGGCAAGAGAAAUUGAAUCUGAAGUGUUUAAAGGUGAAUAUUCAUCAGUUAAUGAUAAUUAUAGAAACAAAUUAAGAUCAUUUACUAUGAAUUUAAGAAAUAAAAAGAAUCCAGAAUUAAGAGAUAGAAUUUUAACUGGGAAAAUUAUGCCUCCAGCUUUUGUUAAAAUGACUCCAAAUGAAAUGGCACCGGAAGCUUUAAAGAAAGAAAUUGAAAAAUUACAUAAACAAAACUUAUUUGAUGCUCAAGGUGCAACAGAAAAGAGAGCUGUCACUGAUAGAUUUACUUGUGGCAAAUGUAAACAUAAGAAGGUUAGUUAUUAUCAAAUGCAAACCAGAUCUGCGGAUGAACCUUUAACUACUUUUUGUACAUGUGAGAACUGUGGUAACAGAUGGAAGUUUUCGUAA